CUCGUACGCAGCACUAAAUCACUUCAAGAAUGUCUCAGCUCUGGAAAGCUCCCUCUCCCGCACCGACGCCGCUUGGUCGUUAUCGCGUUUUGUCCUCACUUGCAGGUGUUCGCGUCUCACCACUCCAACUUGGAGCAAUGAGCAUUGGCGACAAGUGGGACAGUAUCGGAAUGGGCUCCAUGGACAAGGAGUCGUCUUUCAAGCUCCUCGAUGCAUAUUAUGACGCUGGCGGUAACUUCAUUGAUACGGCCAGUAACUAUCAGGAUGAGACGUCUGAGAUAUUUAUCGGAGAAUGGGCAGAAAGUCGCGGUAUCCGUGAUCAACUUGUAAUUGCAACGAAGUAUACGACAAACUUCAAACGCCUUGACAAUCACGCUAAAAUCAAAGUCAACUACGCGGGAAAUAAUGCGAAAAGCCUCAAAAUUAGCAUCGAGGCUAGUCUGAAGAAACUGCGCACGUCCUACAUUGAUAUUCUCUACGUCCACUGGUGGGAUUACAACACCCCGAUCAAGGAAGUUAUGGAUAACCUUCAUAAUCUUGUCGUUUCCGGGAAAGUGCUGUACCUUGGUGCUUCCGAUACCCCGGCGUGGGUCGUUGCCUCUGCAAACCAAUACGCACAGGACCAUGGCAAGGCACCCUUUGUGAUCUAUCAAGGUGCUUGGAACGUCAUGCAACGCAGCUUUGAGCGCGAGAUUAUUCCCAUGGCUCGAGCUAAUGGCCUUGCUCUCGCUCCAUGGAACGUCCUCGCGUCGGGUCGCUUGCGCACAGAUGCUGAAGAAAAAAUGAGACUCGAGUCUGGCGAGAAAGGACGUACUAUGUCUCGCCCGGAGUGGUUGCGUGACGAGGAUGAGAGGAAGAUGAGCGCCGCACUUGAGAAGGUCGCCAAAGAAGUCGGGACGGAGCACAUCACUGCCGUCGCUAUUGCAUAUCUAAUGCAGAAGACUCCAAAUGUGUUCCCGAUUGUCGGUGGCCGAAAGGUUGAACAUUUGAUGGCAAAUAUCGAAGCGCUGAAAAUCUCGCUGUCGGACGAGCAGAUUCAGCACCUUGAAAGCGUGUUACCAUUUGACCCGGGGUUCCCUGUCUCCUUCAUCGGAGAUGGGACUCCAAACAGGAAGACGAUACUAUUGGAGUCUGCAUCGGAAUGGGAUCGCUGGCCACUUAGACAACCUAUCAAACCCGCCCCCAAUGCUUGAAACAAGCGCGAUUGUGGGAAUGUGUUCUGUAGCAUACAAAAUUGUGUAUGUGGUGCAACCGACUUGCGCACUUGAUUGGCCCAGUGCCCAAU